CGCAGUCCGCCUGCCGGUUGUCCUCCGGCCGAGCGGGAGUCUUUGCCGUCCUCUGCCGGGGCGAGUGGAGGAAGGGAAGUUCCGUAAGGCGCUUUUCGUGAACCGGGACGGUUAGAAGGGCGAAGGUCUGACGUCCCGACUGAGAAAUCGAACAGCUUGUUACAAUUUUGAAGAGAACGGGUUUUUUUACAUCCUGCUAGAAGAUGUCAAGGAAAAGCUCCAGGGAUCCCAAGAAAGUAAAUUUAUCCAGCUCUUUGGAAUCAGAAGAUAUUAGCUUAGAGACGACCUUCCCCACCGAUGAUAUCUCCUCGUCAGAAGAUCGGGACGGUACCGUCAAAAUUACGAGGCAGCUUAUAGAGAGGAAAGAACUGCUGCAUAAUGUCCAGUUACUCAAAAUCGAGCUUUCUCAGAAGAACUUGAUGCUAGAUAACUUAAAAGUGGAGUACUUGACAAAGAUUGAAGAACUAGAAGAGAAACUUAAUGAUGCAGUCCAUGAGAAACAACUACUGUCUUUACGACUAGAUAACCAGCUGGCGUUACAGCAAGAAGAUGCUAGAAAACAUCAAGAAUUAAUGAAACAGGAAAUGGAAACCAUCUUAUUGCGCCAAAGGCAACUAGAAAAGAACAAUCAUCAGUUACGAGAGCGCUCUGGAGAUAUACGUCGUAGCCUGCGUGAUCUUGAAUUGAACGAAGAGUAUUACACCAAACUCAAAUCUCUUUCAGAAGAUGAACUUUCCAUUCCUGAAUACGUGUCUAUUAGAUUCUACGAAGCGGUGCAUCCUUUAAAAAACGAGAUCGGCGAACUGCAGGCCAAGAAGGAGGCAGCCUGGGAAGAACUGAACGAGUACAAAUCUCAGCUCAAGCACUUGUUAGAGAGUUAUGAAAUGGAACGAAAAAAUCGGUCAGAGACUGAAGUGCGAUGUCAGCGCUUAACCAUUGAACUGGCUGAUACAAAACAAAUGAUUCAGCAAGGUGACUAUAGACAGGAGAACUAUGAUAAAAUAAAAAGUGAGCGUGAUACUUUUGAACAUGAAUUUUCAGAGCUCCGAAGAAAAUACGAAAUACUCGAAGUUUCCCACAAGGCCAUAACUGCUGAAAGGAAUGACAUAUCCAAAGAGGCUACCGCUUUGCAACAGUCUGUGACUUUGCUGCAGAAGGACAAGGACUACCUCAACCGACAGAACAUGGAGCUCAGCGUCCGUUGUGCUCACGAAGAAGACCGCCUCGAAAGGCUUCACAUGCAGCUAGAAGACACCAAAAAAGCCAGAGAAGAAAUGUAUGAGAAAUACGUCACGUCCAGGGAUCACUACAAAACGGAGUACGAAAACAAACUGCAUGAGGAACUGGAACAGUUAAGGCAGAAAACAUCCCAAGAGAUAGAUCAGCUUCGAACAGCUACAAAGGAAAUGUACGAGCGGGAAAACAGAAACCUGAGAGAAGCAAGAGAUAAUGCCGUGAGUGAAAAGGAAAGAGCUGUGAUAGCUGAAAAAGAUGCAUUGAGCAAAUACGACCAGCUAUUGGAACAAUACCGGCAGCUGCAGCUCAGCACUGAAAACAAAGUGGCCGAACUUCUCCACCAGAGCAAACUCAAAUCUUUUGAGAGCGAACGAGUGCAGCUAAUCCAGGAAGAGACCUCCAGGAACCUCUCCCAGUGUCAGCUGGAGUGUGAAAAGUAUCAGCGGAAACUAGAAGUAUUAACGAAAGAAUUCUACAGUCUUCAAGGACUGAGUGAGAAAAAAAUCUCGGAACUUCAGGCACAGAAUUCUGAGUACCAAGCAAGGCUUGACACGUACGAAAAACUCGAAAAAGAACUCGAUGAGAUAAUAAUGCAAACGGCCGAACUUGAGAAUGAGGAUGAGGCAGAAAGAGUUCUGUUUUCCUAUGGAUACGGUGCCAAUGUCCCUACAACAGCCAAAAGACGGUUGAAGCAAAGCGUGCAUUUGGCAAGAAGAUUGCUACAGCUAGAGAAGCAAAAUACAUUGCUUGCAAGAGAUUUGGAGCGCCAGAAGGAAGAAGUUGCUCGCAUUUCACAAGAGCGAGAUAAAGCAAAUUCUCUGUUGAACCAAGUGCAGCAGCCCUACAAGUACCUCAUUGAGUCUGUGCAGCAAAGAGAUUCCCAGAUCCUUGCACAGAAAGAACGGAUUGCUCAGCAUGAAAAGGACAUCAGUCAGUUAAAUGAAGAGAAGAAGGCUUUGCUGAGGGUCAAGAACCAAAUGGCGGCAGAUUUGGAAAGACUUCUAAAUCACCGUGAGGAACUAGCCGCUAUGAAACAGAUGCUGCUUACUCUUCGUGGUCAACCCCAAGGGGACAGUUUGCCUCAGAAACAGAGAAAAACUUCACCGGAAAAAUCUAUCUCAAAUCCAUCGGUUCAGGUCCAUUUCCCACACGAGGAUGGAAAUACAUUUGCACCCAAACCAACAGUCUUCACAAAGGAGGCUCCAGCACAAGGCCGGAAGAAGGGAAAACAAACCAAAGCACCCUAAAAGUUUUACUCCAGGGAAGGAUAAUCACAAUCAUGUUCUAAGACUUCUUAAUUCACCCACUCUAUUUUCCUAACUGCAUUUUAACUCCCUUCUGCUUUUAAUAUCCCUGUGGCUCCAAAGAGACCCAUUCUGAUCAUUUAGGAUUCGUGCCACUGGUCUACACGCUUAAAUGCUGCUAAUAAAAAAACAUUGGACUGUA